CGAGAAUAACAGAAAUUUAAACUACGUGAUAUGCCCCGAUUGUGGAAAAAUGUGCAAAGAUGACACUCAUCUACUACGCAGAGAAUGUAAAAAGGAACGCAAUUUUGUCUGUUCGACAUGUGAUAAAGCUUUCAGACGGAAGUAUCACUUGAAAAGGCACAUGUAUCUAGUACACGAAUUCACAGUCCCGAAACUGAUCGUGAAGAACAUACAGAAGCUGAAAUACGCGAAGAAGCCAGUAAUCUACAAAUGCACAAGAUGUACCAAGAGUUAUCAAUUGGAGACAUCCUUGCGAAGACAUCAGAGAUUGGAAUGUGGCGUCCAUCCCAAGUACAAAUGCAUAAUAUGUGGCAAACAAUUUACGCAUAAAUUUGUAUUAACUCACCAUUUAGCGUCCUGCAAGAAAAAAACAGCUUGGAAUAGGAUAUGGUAA